CCGGAAGUAGCCAGUGUCCAGCAGCAGCAGCAUUUAGCUUUGUGAUUUCAUUUUGAUGUGUGCAAAGGACUCCAGGCAGGAACAUGUCACAGCCAACCAUCACGGUCACUGUUGCAAACGGAUCAAUUAAGCACAGCAUCACGUUAACUGUUCCUGACGAAGGGAAUGGUCCAACUGUCAAAGACUUGUCAGAUGCUCUCGUUCAAACCACCGGAGUCCCAGCGGCCUCACAGAAACUCAUUUUCAAAGGAAAAUCGCUGAAGGACAUGGAGGAGAGUUUAUCCACCUACGGGAUAAAAGGAGGCUGCAAGCUCAUGAUGAUUGGAAAGCGGAAUAGUCCUGAGGAAGAAGCAGAACUGAAGAAGCUGAAGGACAUUGAGAAGUCUGUGGAACUAACGGCUAAAAAGCUGGAGAAAGUAGACGGGGAGUUAACUGGACUCAAGAAUGGCUUCCUGGCCAAAGACCUGCAGGCAGAGGCUCUGGGGAAACUAGACAACAGAGUGAAAAUAGCAGCUGAGCAGUUCAUGAAGAUUCUGGAGCAGAUAGAUGCCAUGAGCCUCCCAGAAAACUUCAAUGACUGCAAAAUGAAGAAGAAGGGACUUAUAAAGACAGUGCAGGAUUUCCUGGCCCAGUGUGACAAGAUCGAGGCCUGUAUAUCAGAUCACCUAACAAAGCUCCAGUCGAAAAACCUUGCCCUGGCAGAUUAGCGCAACAAAGCCUCCCUCGUCUGUUUUACGUUGCUCUGUGAGCAACUGAGACGUGUACAGAAAGCUUCGAGUGCGGAGCAGACCCUUGUUUAUUUAUUCUUGGUGUGAAAUGAAAUCCCUCAUCACAGACGGUCCUGGGAACCAAAGGAGGCUGGUUAACGACAGCGAUUCAUGGAUACAUUCUCUCGGAGAUAUUAAAAACACAGGCACUCAGAGGUGCUUUGAAUUGUGGGAAAUUAAAUAAUAUGGAUCCUUUUAAUGCAUCUGAAACUUGUGAUCACUGUUCUGUACCUAUUAAAUUAUCAAUGAUGAUAUCAGAAAAAUGAAAGAUUCACCAGAAAAUGUGAAACAAGGAGAGAACAUGAUCAUUUUUUGUACGGCAGUUUGUGGACAACAAAGUAAAAUGACUCAGAAUCAAAAAGGAGUUAGUUUCCUCUGGUCACAGCCUGCUCUGUUCGUAGGAGGCCUUUCUGUACAAUUUGGGAACUUGGUUUAAGAGAUUUUCAGACUCAAGUUUUGAGCCUAUACACCCUGUGAUCCAGGUAAUACCAGAAGAGUUGGGUGGGUUUGACUACAGGACUCCGUGCAGGCUGGCUGAGUUGUUCCUACUUGCUCUCUGCUGCAGGAGUUGCUGAAUUUCUUUGUCAUGUUAGUAAGAUGAAUAAAGAAAAUAUAAGGUGUAGCCCCAGACCACAGCACUGUCCACACACAUUUGGCCACAGAUUAUGUAUUCACUGUUCCAUUACCUCAUGAGUCAGUACCAAACUAGCAUUUGUUUAUUGCAGUGCGUGUUCAUGUGUGUGAACUGUGGCAUUUCAUUUGCUCUUAACCAUUUCAGAAGGACUCACAUUUUUCCUUUGUUUUAAAAAAUAAAAACUUUUUUGAAAUAUGAAAA